AUGUUCGUCUCGCAUCCUCCUCCAGACGAUCCUCCGGCUGAUCCCCCAAUCUCUCCUCAGCUGCACCCCAAUAAUCAUCUGCGAAAGCUUGGCGCUCCAUGCAGCGCGGAACUUCCUAUUACCGCUGCCUUUGGAUCCAUCGCCCAGCAGCGAGGCUGGAAGCAGGGUUCCAAGACCUGGAAAAGGAACUGGAAGGCCUGCAUGAACGACGAAUAUGACCGUCUGAUUGGCUACCGCGCAGCCAACUUGGCAACGUGGCAGGAGCUUUGUGCCAAGGUUGGACUGAACAACACAUUCAAGUCUAUUAACCAGUGCAAGAUGGCUCUGGCGCUGGUGCACAUCAACCUUGUCGACCUUCUUGAUUGUUGGGACUCGGACUACACCCCUACCCGAUUCAAGAGCAAGAAGGCUCUUGCUGCUUACACCGAGGAGAACCACAAGUUCUUUGGUCGUGACAUCGCCAAACAGGACAAGGUCCUCCGAGUGCUCCUCCGAAAGCUUCUCUAG